AUGUACAAUAAAUUAGACAUAAAUCCAGCAUUUAAGCCGCUUUUGGAAGAAUGUGGACUUUCCCCUAUAAUGUUUGAAAGAAAAAGUUGAGAUCCAAUAUCGAGUCCUCCGGAGCAAGCGCCAUUAAAAAAGAACCCCAAUUUUUACUUACUCCCCCCAUCCUUGAUCGAACGUCUCGCCAUCGUUCAUCGUUCGAUCAAGGAUGGGUACAAAUUUUUAAUAUUUUGAUUUUUUUGGUUACCCCUUUCAAUGGAUAAAUUUUAAUUUGUUUCUUAUUGAAUUAAAAUUUUAAAUUUUUAAGAAUCUCUAUUUUUUAGAUUAUUGAGUUUUUAAGCCCAGGUUGAUGACUAAAGCACUUCGAAUGGUUGAUUCCGUAGCUUUCUGUUGUCUCAAAGCCUCUGACAACAACUUCAUUAGGCACAUCUCCCAAGCUUUUGAUAACUAAUAUAUUUUUAUAUAUAUAAAAAAAUUUGCAUUAUAUGAAAAUCGUUCGAUCAAGGAUGGGGGUUAAUUUUCCCAAUUUUUUAGGAAUUUUUACAGUCAAUCGUUCGAUAAAGGAUGGUGGGGGAGUUAAAAUCUGAAAAAUCUAAUUCUUUUCUGCACAGGAAAGCAAAUAGUGACCAAAAUACUAUUCAAUUUAAACCAGAAACGCUAGUUUCAAUGAAAGAAACAAUUCAAGAUACCCUUGCGAUUUAUUCAACAAAAUCGAUGGAAAUUUAUAAUUAUAGCUCCCAAUCAUCAGAAGACGACAAAUGUGAAAUUCUUCCACAGCCAGACAAACUAGAAAACAAAAUUAAAGAUGUUUCUGCCAGGUUGAAAGAAGAAACACUUAAAGAAAUUAAAGAAACUGAAACAUAUCAGGAGAUAACUCGUUAUAAAACAGGUGAUUUCACAAAAAAACGUCGGAUUACCCAAGGAAUUGAAACCGAAACUCCCAAUCCUAAUUUUCCCACAAAUAAACCAAAAAAUAUAAUCGGUCUGGACUCCAUAUCAAAUAUUGCCAAAAAAUCAUCUAAGAUUUCUGUUUCUGACUUAUGGUCUUUACGGAUGAAAAAAGAAGCAAAUGUAAAUCGAAGACAAUCAAUUUUAUCUGACACUCAAAAAAGCGUAAAUUUUGAAACCUCAAAAUUAGAAAAUAUUGUUGAAAAUUCGAAAAAUUACACAAAAUCUUCUACCAUUAAUAUUUUAAACCCUCAAAUUCACGAGACUUUAAAUUCUUUCGGACUAUUAAAGCUAAGUAAAACGCUACUAACAGACACAACAGAAAAAAAAUUCGAUAACGUUAAAAGAAGCAAAAGCUUGAUUAAGCUUAAUCAUUUACCAUCAAUAAAUGAAAAAAAUCACUCAGAGAUUAAUAAAAGCUUUGAUUAUAUUAUGAAUGCUUGCAAUAAAGAGCAUGCAUUAAAUAGAUCACUAGCAAUUGAAUUUAAAAAGGACGGUGAUGCGUUACUUUAUGGUUAUAAGUAUGCUUCAAGAAGCAUUUCCCCUGAAAAAAUGAGAUUAAGCAGACAAGAAAAAGAAACAAUGAUGAUGAACAAGAUGAGUGAUGAAGAAUGUUAUAAACAAAUGAUGAUCAUUGGAGGAAAUAAUCAGAAAAAAUUAACGAAAUAUUGCAGGCGCAAUAAAAAAACUGCAAAUAAAAGGCCAAAGCCUACAAUAUGCAUUAGUAAUGCUCAAAAUAUUUAA